GGAUUACAUAUCAGAAUUAUUCAAAAUACAGUUUUCUUGAGAGGUCAGAGGGUAAGAUGGCAAGUGCAGUCCACAGAGAACAAACUGACAUCUCCAUGAAUUAUGUAAAUCUACCAGAUCCAUCAGCCUACAGGCACUCUGACAUACACAAUGAAGUGUAUCUUGCUGCACCAGGGACAAAGCUGUACAAACUGGUUGCUGUAAGCUUUGGAUUCCUCUGUAUCCUACAAGUCGCUCUCAAUGUCUCACUGCGGCUUGGUUUCUACAGUCCAGGCAUUUGCAAUAAUGGGACUGAGGAUAUAGAUAAUCAAAGAAAAUUGGAUGAAAUUGAGGCCAGUAAUAAACAUCUGACUGAAGAGAGAGAUGGACUUAGUGAGAGACUGAAGGACGUUGUUUCACAGCUUAACACCCGAAAUGAAGAAAGGGACGAGUUGCAGAGGAUCAAGUCUGAAAUUGAGGCCAGUAAUAAAAAUCUGACUGAAGAGAGAGAUGAGCUUAGUAAGAGACUGAAGGACGUUGUUUCACAGAACAACAACUUGACUGAAGAAGGGGACGAGUUGAGGAGGAUCAAGUUUGAAUUUGAGGCCAGUAAUAAAAAUCUGACUGAAGAGAGAGAUGAGCUUAGUAAGAGACUGAAGGACGUUGUUUCACAGCUUAACACCCUAACUGAAGAAAGGAGCGAGUUGCAGAGGAACAAGAUUGAAAUUGAGGCCAGUAAUAAACAUCUGACUGAAGAGGGAGAUGAGCUUAGUAAGAGACUGAACGACUUGCAGAGGAUCAAGUCUGAAAUUGAGGCCAGUAAUAAACAUCUGACAGAAGAGAUAGAUGAGCUUAAUGAGAGACUGAACGACUUUGAUUCACAGCUUAACACCCGAACUGAAGAAAGGGACGACUUGCAGAGGAACAAGAUUGAAAUUGAGGCCAGUAAUAAACAUCUGACUGAAGAGAGAGAUGAGCUUAGUAAGAGACUGAAGGACAUUGAUUCACAGCUUAACACCCGAACUGAAGAAAGGGACGAGUUGCAGAGGAGCAAGAUUGAAAUUGAGGCCAAUAAUAAACGUCUGACUGAAGAGAGAGAUGAGCUUAGUAAGAGACUGAAGGACAUUGAUUCACAGCUUAACACCCGAACUGAAGAAAGGGACGACUUGCAGAGGAUCAAGACUCAAAUUGAGGCCAAUGAUAAACAUCUGACUGAAGAGAGAGAUGAGCUUAGUGAGAGACUGAACGCCUUUGUUUCACAGCUUAACACCCGAACUAAAGAAAGGGACAAGUUGCAGAGGAUCAAGACUCAAAUUGAGGCCAAUAAUAAACGUCUGACUGAAGAGAGAGAUGAGCUUAGUAAGAGACUGAACAACGUUGUUUCACAGUUUAACACCCAAACUAAAGAAAGGGGCGAGUUGCAGAGGAUCAAGACUCAAAUUGAGGCCAGUAAUAAACAUCUGACUGAAGAGAGAGAUGAGCUUAGUAAGAGACUGAACGACGUUGUUUCACAGUUUAACACCCGAACUAAAGAAAGGGACGAGUUGCAGAGGAUCAAGACUCAAAUUGAGGCCAGUAAUAAACAUCUGACUGAAGAGAGAGAUGAGCUUAAUAAGAGACUGAAGGACGCUGUUUCACAGUUUAACACCCGAACUAAAGAAAGGGACGAGUUGCAGAGGAUCAAGACUCAAAUUGAGGCCAGUAAUAAACGUCUGACUGAAGAGAGAGAUGAGCUUAGUAAGAGACUGAACAACGUUGUUUCACAGCUUAACACCCGAACUGAAGAAAGGGACGAGUUGCAGAGGAUCAAGACUCAAAUUGAGGCCAGUAAUAAACGUCUGACUGAAGAGAGAGAUGAGCUUAGUAAGAGACUGAACAACGUUGUUUCACAGUUUAACACCCGAACUAAAGAAAGGGACGAGUUGCAGAGGAUCAAGACUCAAAUUGAGGCCAGUAAUAAACGUCUGACUGAAGAGAGAGAUGAGCUUAGUAAGAGACUGAACGACGUUGAUUCGCAGCGUCAAGCAGUGAUUGAAGAACGAGACAACUUGAAGGCAGAACUAAAACAGUUGGGUCAACCAGGAUGGAUUCUUUUUAGAGGGAAUGCUUACUAUGUUUCUUCUACCACUAAAAACUGGCAAGAAAGCAGAAAUGAUUGUCUUCAAAAAGGUGCAGACCUGAUAAUUAUCAACAGUGAAGAAGAACAGAAUUUUGCAAACCAGUUGAAGAAGAAUAUGUGGAUUGGUCUGACUGACUCAGAGAAUGAAGGGACAUGGAAAUGGGUGGAUGGGAGUCAACUCACCACAAGCUACUGGGGUCCAAAUGAGCCAAACGGUGACAGCAAAGAAAACUGUGGAGAAAUAAGGACUUUUGACACACAAAAAAGCUGGAAUGAUGUGGGUUGCUCCCAUUCACGCGUCUGGAUAUGCGAGAGGAGACUUCCACAGUAACCCAGAAAUAAGAAGAAAAGACACAUUCAUGUUAUUUUAUCUACAGCUUAUCAGGAAAAAAGCAACGUCGACCCUUUUCCAUGUACUCUAAUCACAUCAGUUUCAUAAACACGGAUUUUAACAAGUCCUCCAUGCUACCGUCAAAAGAUGCAUGUGAGAACUUUGCAGAUCACUUCAGAAGUAAAAUCAAUGCUUGUAGAUCCAAUCUUUUAUCUCAAUGGAAUGUUAAUUUUAAAUUAUCUGAUGCAUUGUUUUUAUCAGAGGAAACACUGGAGAGUUUUGUUCUGGUUGAUGCAAAGGUACUUGGUUGAGUUUUGUCCCAAACAGACAAAACAACAAGUCUUUUAGAUCCCAUUACCUACAUUUGAUUAAGAGACCAAAAAAGGGCGUUAAAGUUCUUGUUUGGAUACAAACUGAAAUUGGGUAGAAACCGGAAUAAUUUUAACUGCUUUGUUAUACUUUGUUGUGUAAAGGCUUGUUUCUUUUUAUUAUGCA